AUGCGCAUCCUUUCAGUUGCGUUGUUAGCUUUCUUGCUACAACCAGUCGUCCCUGCUCCUACGCCGGAACCACUUGUUGACUCUAUUGUUACUCCCAGCAUCGUUCUUAGCGGUGUAGCUCUGGGGUGCGACCACGUCAGAGAUGCCACCAGAACUUGGUCGACAAGUCUCGAAAAAACCAUUGGAAAGAUUAGGAAGAUCGAGCCCAACAAUGACAAGGCUUACGAAUUAGAAGAAAAUCUUAAAGCCAUAACCUAUCAGUUAGCUGAUACCGCAAGGAGUUCGAAGCCACCAAUACUCCCGGUUUCCGGCAGUUUGGUCGAAGCCUACCAGCGCCUUUCUGAUACACUGAGGGGAUACAAUCAAGAGGCAGAUGCAGAAUUGAAAAGACUCAAGGACCGGAACAGAGGGAACCAAGGUAACAAUUUCUUAUCUUGGCCAGAGGGGGACGCCCUCGAAGCCGGUCUCAGAACGCCAUCGUCUCCCAAUUACUGGUCUUCAAAGAGCCGUUCGUCGCCAAGCUCAUCAAGCCCAUCAUCUCCCCGCUCUGGCGUAUAUAAGGAUGUUGAUUUGAAGAAUGUCGGCAACCGUCUUGGCGGUUUUAAGUCUGCCAGCUGGGGUUCUAGGAAAAAAGAACAGUCUUUACUGCCGAUUCGAAACGGAGAUUAG